GCUGACGACGGAGAGUCAGAACAUGAGACAGGAACUUCAGAACAGAGACGUGACGAUCGCAGAGAUGCGAGGUCAGCUUCAAGCUCAGCAACAGGCUCAGCAGCAGCGGGUAGCCCCGCGCGGCGAGAUGAUGGAUCCGAAGAUUCUUCACAAGGUGAAGCCGUUCGACGGCCACAGGGCAAGUUGGAAGACGUUCAGUUUCCAGUACAGAGCGUACCUGAUCGCCCAGGAUCGAAGGUACCGAGAUCUUCUGGAAAGGUGCGAGGACGGAGCCCAGGAGGUGGACAACGUCAACCUGGACGCGCAGGAGGAAGAGCUAAGCACGCAGUUGUACUACGGCCUGGUCCUGGCGAUGCCCGAGGACUCAGUAGGCGAGCUGAUCGUGAGGAACAGCCCAGUAGGAGAAGGAGCCGAGUGUUGGAGGAAACUUCAGAAGGAGUACAACCCGAGCGAGGCAGGAAACGUGCUGGCGAUGUGGACCAAGCUCACGGACACGAAGUUCGAAGCCAAAGAAGACGUGAUGGUGAGCAUCAGCAAGCUGGACGAGGACAUGACAAGGUACCAGAAGAUGGCAGGAGAACCAGUCUCGGACCUGAUCAAGCGAGGCAUCCUUACAAAGGCGCUGAAGGAUCACGACGAGCUGCAGAAGCACGUGUUUCGGAACAGCAGUCGGCUAAGUACGUACGAGCUCCUGAGAGCCGAGGUGGUGUCGGCGUUGAUGGCAGAGCGAGCGGUUCAGGACGACCCGAUGGAGAUAGGCGCGCUGAAGGGCGGAAAGAGACCGUGGAAAGGCCGCGGCAAAGGGAAAGACGGCAAGGGCAAGGAGAGGCCACCGAAUCCCGACGCCGAGAUCGAGUGCCACUACUGUCACAAGAAGGGCCACCGCAGCGCAAACUGCCGAAAGCGGAUCGCCGACGAGAAGAAUACAUCCGAGAAGGACAAGAAGGACAAGAAGCAGCUCCGAAAAGAGAAGGCAAAAGAAAAGAAGAAGAUCGGGGCAGCGGCAGUCAGGGAGCUCGAAAGGUUACGGCAGACAGGAGUGGGCACAGGUCUCAAGAAGCGCAGCCACACGAUCGACUGGAAGUACUGCUUGCCUAGCUACCACCAAUAUGUCUGCUGCUCUUGCAAGAAGACCUUUGAAGGAUGGCGAUGGCACUUCGAUCAGUGGAAGCUGGACUACUGUGCCGCGUGUGCCGAGUACUGCCUGGACAACUGGUUCAAGGACGAGGAAGAGCCAGACGACAACGAGAAGCAUGUCACCGUCGCUGGUCUUCGGCCCGUGGAUGAAGAUCAGAGCCCUGCAGAUGACCGAUUGCGGUUAGCCCCGCUUCGGAAUGCGAUCAUGCUCGACUCAGGUGCGCAGAUCAGUGCGAUACCGAGAUCACAGGUGACCAAGCAUAACUACACGCCGACGGACAGCAACGUUGUCGGCUUGAAGGGCAUAGGAGGCGAGGAGAUCGAGAGGUACGGCCACGUGGAGCUGAACCUAUCCCGAGGAGGAGAGGUCACUGGAUCAUCAACGGUACCGUCGAGCCACCUGACGGAGCUGAGUUCGUACCUCUACGGCGUCACCAAGGAACCAGCUGAUGAGAACAAGAUCCCGAAGGUCAUGUUCGACAUCUUUUACGUAGGGACGGACCAGCUGGCUGCGAAGUACAAGCUUAAAGGAGGUUACUUCAGCAUCAGGGAGAAGAUGUCGGUCACGAAGGCCGAGCUAGACCAAGCGGUCUCUGUCUUGAAUGUUAUCGACUGUAAGAUCUUGGCUCAGGCGACGUUGUACGCGAACAAGGAGACGGAUGACUACAAGGUGUCAUUCCUGCUAGGCGUGCUGGAAGCUUGGGGCCACACAACAGUCAUACUUCAGACAGACCAGGAGCCUGCCACCAUGGCUCUGGCGCAGGCAGUUCGAGAUCGCAGAUCACACUCAACCUUGGUGCGGGGAUCACCGCCCUUUUCCAAGCAGAGUGCAGGCUACGCUGAAGGAGCUAACAAGCUAGCAGCUGGUCUACUUCGAGCCUACAAGCUGAAGCUGGAGCACAAGCUGGGCUGUGAGAUCAAGAUGACGGAUCCGAUCGUGCCAUGGCUUGUGAACUCAGUGGGGUGGAUGAUUACCAGAUUCCAGCCUCGCAGUCACGGAGGUUCCUCCUACAAGAUGCUCUACGGCAAAGAGUACAACGGCGAGAUUGCGGAGAUGGGUGAGCAGGUCUGGUAUCGGAUCUCAGCCAGAGUUGCCGCGGGACGUGGCAAAUGGGAAGCCCGCUUCGCGAAAGGAAUCUGGGUUGGUAAGAGUGAGCUGGACGAUACACAUCUCGUGAUCGAUCCUGAACGUGGAGUGCAGAAGGUCAGAACGGUGCGAAGGAUGCCUGAGGAGUUCAGAUGGCAGCCCGAGCUCAUCCAGCACAUCAGGGUGACGCCCUGGAAGCAGACGCCCGACAAGAGUUCAGGAACGAUCGGACGCAGCAUGUACAUCACGGAGCGCAUGAUCGAUGCUCAUGGUCCUACUGACGAGUGCAGGAAGUGCAGUACAGGAUACGGUUCGCAUUCGGCAGCCUGCCGACAGCGUUUCGAGACCAUUCAGGCCGACUUGCUGCGCGAGAAGUUGGCAAAGGACCCUGUGGCCCCUGAGGCUACAGUCGUGGUGCCAGCACCG